CCACGUGCGGCGCGCCCGAGACGCACGUGUGAACCGGAGCCUCGCUCUCUCGACGAAAUCGCGAGCUUUCGAUGGACGGUUUUUUUAAAUAUUGAAAAACACGAGAACCGCCCAAGAGAUAUCCUAUCGAAAAUCGGGCAGAAAAAUAUUGCCGCUCAGCUUUAUGUACAUUGUUAUGGUGUUUGCUCAAUGGUUUUACCGCGUUGACGAAUCGUCAGGGAAUAGUCCGAAAGAUAUACGAAACGAUAUUGAAUACCCUUUAUAUUGAAAAAUAUCGGUGCUUUUGCAUCGGUGAAUGUAUGUAAAAUAUUUGUAACAAUAUUUACGCGCAAUCGAACCGAUACUCGAACGUUGAUUUUUGAGUGGAAAAUAAAUUUGUCAAUAAGUUGAAAAUACCGGAAAGCUCAUCGUGAAGAUCGAAAGUCCAGAAGAUACGCUCGGACGAGAAAUCUAAUCAACGCUUAAAUACUUGACUUGGGAGAAAAUGACGAUGGACGUGAGCAAGACGGAACCGACCAAGAAUGGGACAACCCAAAAAGAGUGCGCUGGGUGCGGAAAGAGCAUAACCGAAAGGUAUCUUCUAAACGCCCUGGAUAUGUACUGGCACGAGGAUUGCCUGAAAUGCGGAUGCUGUGACUGCAGGCUUGGAGAAGUUGGCUCGACGCUCUACACGAAAGCUAAUUUGAUACUCUGCAAAAGAGAUUAUCUCAGGCUCUUUGGAAAUACCGGCUACUGUGCAGCGUGCAGCAAAGUUAUACCAGCAUUUGAGAUGGUGAUGAGAGCAAGAGCGAACGUUUAUCACUUGGAGUGUUUCGCUUGUCAGCAGUGCAAUCACCGAUUCUGCGUGGGCGACAGAUUUUACUUGUGCGAAAAUAAAAUCCUGUGCGAAUAUGACUACGAGGAGAGGCUUGUCUUCGCAAAUAUGGCUCUGCAUCCUCCACCCUCCGCUACUCUGGCCCACAUCAAGAGACAAGUAACUCAUCUUCAAUCUCCGGGAUGUCCGACCGUAUCUGCGCAAAGGCAGACAAACGGGGAUGUCGGCCACAACCAUAACGGAUAUCCGGCACCCCCGACGACCUCUCACAGCGCUUUGAAUCAGAUGAACAGUUUGAACGGGAUCAACGCCCCGCCGCAGUACGACGGAAAAUGACAAUCAAAAUAGGCAAGGAGCUCGAAAUAUCGAUCGAAUUCUGUCGGUCUCGAUGCUUAUAUCGCGUGCAAGAAACGACGGCCAAAUAAAACUAAAAUAAUCGAUUAAUUAAAAUUAUUACCAAAGACGGUGGGAAAUUUCUCGCACGUCGUCGCGCACGUGAAAUUCAUUCGUGCGGUAAACGGUGAAUAGGAAAAAUAUCACCUGCGCGUAGAUGAAUUUAGUUACUGUACCACCUGCGUAAUGUCAGGAAAUUUUAAUAUCGGUGUUGAUUUAGUUUCAUUCUUUGUUUUAUCGUUACAUUUUUAUUUCAAAAUAUUCGUAACUACACGACACAGUUUUGAUUCAUUAGUAAAAUUUUUUUGUCUCGCGUAAGUCAAGUUUCUUGUCAAUCCUUACGACGCACUUACGUUACAGACUCGAAUUAAUAAAUUCUCCGGGCAUUGUUUGACCCAAUAAAUUUUUUAAAGAAAGGAUUUAGGUGCUCAUUAGACGAAUUAGAAAUAAAAAAUAUGGAGAUGUCGAUAUUUAUGUGGUGCAUUAUCGUUGUCGUUGUCUCGUUGUUAUUAGUUUCUGAAAGAAAAAUUGCAGCCUCGAAGAUUCAAGUUUAUUCUGAAACUCUGACAAUUUCGGUAAAAUAACAAAAUUUUUACCACGAUAAAUAAUCAUUGCAAUGAUAUUCGAAAUUGAUCUGAUUUCAAUUCGCGGUGACUAGAUAAAUGUCGCGAAAAAAUAAGUCAGCAAAAGUGUUUUGGUUUGAAAAAUUGGUGAGCGUAAGAAUGGUAGGAAUAAAUGCGAAAUCUGAAGGGGUUAAGUCUUUGGUUUCGGAAAGAAACAGCGCGACAGGAAAUGGGAUUUAUUCGUUGGUGCAGGUUGCGGAUGGGCUAGGUGAGCCCCAGAGAGUCAUACGUUAGGGGUGACUUAGCAUUGUUUCAACUUUGAAUCUCCGCGAGCCGUGAUUGAUGCGUAAAACUUUCGUUUGCCUUAUUUGUUAGUCAGAUAACGAACCUGAGUUAUGUCGAAAGUUUGAACACUUUUAUCGUAAAUGGGGAUGUUUUAUUUUCCUCCCCGGCUCGCUGCACCGAACCGUACGUUUUCCAGAAUAAAUUGCUUGCCCGACUCGCUCGCUCUGUGCUAUCGAAAGAUGAUAUUCAGUUGCAUAAUUGCUGGCUAGCUUCUGCGAAAGCCUUGAUUUUUCAAAUUAAUUAUUCACACAAGUAUUCUAUUCCUCUGCUUGUUUCGAACGAUCGUUAUUGUCAUUAACCAGACGUGCGUUAAUUGAGUACACGUGAAUGUUCCUAAUUUAGAAAAUUAUCGCAAUUUUCACGCAUGAUGAUAUCGUAAACGAGAAAUCGAGGAAUCGUUCGUAUUAUAUGAAGUCAUAUUUAAUCAAUUCGCUGAUUUUUAAUAUAACGAAUCAAUGAAAUGGAUAAGUAAAUACCUAUAUAUUAUAACGUCGAUUGAUAUAUUUCGUCGUGUAAUUUAUAUAUGAGUGUGUACAUUACUUGCAUAAUAAUAUUUCAAAAUGAGCAUUCAUGUAUGUAUAAAAAAUCGAAUUACCGCAUAAAUAUACAUGUAUAAAUAUUUGUGUAAUAUAACGCGAUCGGUAAUAAGUGGAACAUAUAAGAUCUUUCAAAGAAAUAAAAAAUAAUAUGAUGAUAGUAUUGAUUGAAUAAUAAAU